CGUACAUUACGUUCAUUCGGACCAGCAACGUUUUGCUCCCUUGGUUCGUGUUUACCAAAGAAUUGUUGUAUUUCCAGCUGUAUUUUGGGGAUUUUCCAAACUUUAGUCCUGAGUGACGUACAGGUGACAGUCUAGAAUGAGCAUCGGUUCCAAGAGUAAGAAGAGGGUGGUUCUGCCCAGCCGACCCGACCCCCCCACGGUGGACCAGAUCCUGGAGGACAUCCACCGAGCCGCCGCCGCCGACCCCGUCUUCAGCGUCCUGGAGGACACGGGACAAGACUCGCCCCGCCCCCCCGACAGCGACGUGGACCUGCGGUUCCUGCAGUGUCGCCAGUUCCUGGAGUUGAACCAGCGGCUGCAGGCGGCCCGGGGGCGGCUGCUGGAGCAGAGGGAGGAGCUGGGAGCGGCGGGGGGGCGGCUGCAGAGCGACGUGGCGGAGGUCAAAGGUCAAACACUCUGAGUUCUACCCCCUCCCCCCCGUUGGAGGGACUUCCUGUUGACCCUGGAGCCUCUGACCCCCCCCAGGAAGUGGGUUGACGCUACAAGGGAAACGUGUAGUUUCAUGUGGAGCCAAACUGACAUCUUUUUCACAUACACACACAUAUACACACUCACACACACACACACACACACACAC